AUGCCACCUUUUAAUCUCACAGACGAGGCCUGUGCGCAUUGCUGGGAUGAGUCCGUCAUUGUGCCCUCCCACCACCAGGAGGCGGUGCACAAGGAGGAGUGCGCCUACUGCUGUCGGAAUUGGCGACAAGAGGGAGGGUUGUUAGUUUGCAUGUGUUGCCAUAUGGGGCUCUGUGCUGAGCACGUGCAGAAGCACACCUCAAUUUUCCUUUCACACACCAUGUAUGUUUGGAUGAGAGAGCUUCCCGGCAAGGAGGAGGACGCAGAGGAGAUAAAAGAUGUAAAUAAACUCGGGGUUGUGGCCCCAAAGGAGUACGAGAGUGCCGUAUGCUGUGCCGCAUGCGCCAAGCGGUUUGUUUCCCCUCCGGGGCUGACGAUGGACUGUUACCAGUGCAUCCUGAAUGCAAUUUCAACAGGUGCACAGGAGUCCGGCGCGGCGGACGGUUGUGACGUUGUGCGCCCGCAGUGUCCUCAUCUUGUAUGCCUGGAGCAGCUACCAAACCCUUUUCAGGCGGUCCCAACUUCGUCGGAGAAGUGUGCCUUUGACGGGUGUGACUGUCAACUCAACAACUGGAUGUGCAUGACAUGUGGAGCGAUUGGAUGUCCACGUGAGCAGGCAGGGGGCAGUGGGCAUGCCUUGUUGCACUACACGCACACCUUGCAUCCCGCUGUUGUUAAACUUGGCACGGUGACACCGUCAGGCGCUGACUUUUAUUGCUAUUGCUGUGAGACCGAGGUGUCUGACGUGCACUUUGCCGAACAUAUGAAGCAUUUUGGUAUUGAUGUUCGAACUGCAAAGAAAACAGCCAAAACACUCGGAGAGAUGGAAUACGACUACUCUGCACAGUACGAUUUCAAGAGCAUCACGGAGGAUGGGGAAUUUCUCAAUCCUGUCUUUGGCCCUGGGCGAACUGGGAUGCAUAACUUCGGUAACAGUUGUUACAUGGCCUCGGUUUUACAGUGCCUCUUUUCCCUGCAACCGUUUAGGGAGGCGUUCUAUCACGGCCGCGAAACCAGGCACCAGAACGCCUGCCGAGGAAAUCCCUACAAUUGCCACGGCUGCCAGACCGAGCGAGUUGCUAGUGGCCUCCUCUCGGGCGAAUUCUCUGUGGAGGGUCAGGAACGCACCAACGGCAUCACAGCAAGGGAGUUUAAACGCGUGUUUGCCCAGAGGCAUCCUGACUUCUCCACGGCGAAGCAACAGGAUGCACAUGAGUACUUUUUAUAUUUACUGGAACAAAUGCGGCGUUACGUUAAGCCCUCACACGAUGCGGGUGUGCAUCUUCCACAUCCGGUGGACGUAUUUAGGAUGACAAUGGAGUACCGUGUGCAGUGUAGUUCGUGCCGCAAGGUGUGCUACACGCGUGAGCUCGACUCUUGCCUCUCCGUGCCAAUUCCGUUGGAGUGCGGUCUGGAGAGGCCUGAAGGAGAUCGCAAUCUAACCGACCUGGAAAUUAACGCUAGCCGUCCGCAUUUUUCCUUAGAAGCGUGCCUGACGUCACUGCUGCAAACGAUAGAUAUAGACUGCCGCUGCCGUGCUUGUGGGGUUCCGGCCACGUACUUCAAAACCACCCGACUGGGGACGUUCCCAGACGUCAUCCCCAUCUUCGUCCGUCGUGCGCACUUCGACAUGGAAACCAUGACGGUCAAGAAACUUGACGUGUUCGUGGAGGCUCCACUGGAGCUUGAUCUGGAGUUUCUCCGCAGUGCGGGACUGCAGGCAGACGAAGUGGCGAUGCCUGACAUGGAAGAGGAUCUCCCACACAAACCGACCUCACUGGCAGCAAAAGCGGUGGAUGAGGAGGCGCUUCUCAUGUUGCUGAGCAUGGGCAUAGACAAGGCCGUGGCCAGAUACGCGCUUUUGCAGACAGGCAUGAACGCAGAAAGGGCGGUAGACUACGUCUUCAGUCGCGAUAAUAUUGCGGAGGAGGCGGGGCUCGCUGCUGCCUCAGCUACUGCCUCGGAGAGCAGCCCGACCUCUGUUGGGGAUGGGCCGGCGCAGUACCGGCUGCAUGCCAUGAUAAGCCACAUGGGGGCAAGCGCCAACGUAGGACAUUACGUCUGUCAUGUUUGUGACGCAGAGACUGGCAAAUGGUUGCUGUUUAAUGAUGAGAAGGUCGCAGAGUCUCGCAAACCGCCGUUCUCAUUGGCUUUUCUUUACUUCUAUAAGAGGGUAGACAAGGCAUGA